CAAACCAGAGUCUCUCAUUUGAUUGUUGUGUGGAGGAACUCAUUUGAGCGGCGGCAUCAGCUGUUGUGGCUGUGGGGAAGAUGUCCAACGUCGCGGAACACAUUGCUCUCUACCAGCGCAAGUUGGAGAAAUAUGCCAAGAGCAGAGAGACGGAUAAGUUGCUGUAUUAUAUACAUAAGCUGAAGUACUUAAAUGUCACAGUUAGUCACUUGGAGGAAACUGGCGUUGGACGAUCAGUCAAUUCGCUCCGCCACCACGAGGGAUUGGUUGGAGAAAAGGCACGAGCCCUUGUCAAUAAAUGGAAGGUAAUGGUUAAAGCAGAAGAGGAAGAAGAUGAUGAAGAGGUAGAAGUUGAUACAAAUGAAGAGGGAGAAGAAAAGAGAAAUGCUUUACCGACAUACGAAACAGAGGAUGAUGAUAAUGAAGAUGUCAAUGAAGAUGAGGAAGAAGAUGAUCACUUACAAAUAGAUGUAGAUAAUGCAGAUGAAAUUCUAGAAUCUGAAGAUGCUGUUGACGGAUACAGCAAUCCCGAGUGUCCCACAGAAGAAAAGAGAGAGGUGGUUUAUGGUAGCUGUGAGGCCGAGUCUGAUGGUGAGGGAUAUGAUCCUAAAACAUCGCAGAGGGAUUACUUGCAGCAUGCACUGGGGCCGUCUGCACCAGCAGAAUAUGUUCCUAGUUCUAGCUUAGGCAGCCCUAGAUCAAGCUCGAGCCCAGUUGAGAAGGAUUCCUCGUCCAUUGGGUCCUCUGACAGAAAGAAUGGCAGCAGUACUAAAAGUUCCUCCAAAAAGAGCAGCAGAGAAGUUGGAGACAGAUACAAAGAAAAGGAGAGACAUAAAGACAGAGAAAAAGAUUGUCAUAAAGAAUCUUCAGGUGGUCAUGAUAAAGAGAGAAAAAAAGAACAUAAAGAAAAGCACAAGGAUAAGCAUAGAGACCGAGAAGAGAAAAGAGGAGAGAAGGAUAAGGGGAAGAUACACAAGGGCAAGCACAGAGAUAAGGAUAAGCACAAUGAAAAACAGAAAGUCAGUAAGCAUAAGUAUGAAGAGUACAGUGAGAAGUCAAAGACAGAUGAUGAGGAAGGAAUCGUUAAUGGUUUCAGUACACCCGAGGUAGAGAGGCGGUCUGUUGGUGUGAAACACGACUCCAGAGAAAGUGACAAAAGAAAUGAUGAAAAGCGGAAAGAAAAGACUGAUAAAAUUAGCAGCAGUCACAGAAAGGAGGAGAGCGUGGGCAGAGACAGUGUGCGUAGAGAAAACAAAGUGAUAGAAAACAGUAGAGAGAGGGAGAGCAGCAGAGAAAAAGACGGCAGCAAAGUGAAAGAAAAACAGAAAGAGGAAAAACCCAGGGACAAACACAAAGACAGUAGUAAUAAUAGUAGUGGUAGUAGUAGCAGCAAUAGUAAAAAAGAAAAGCAUAAGAAGGAAUUAGAUGUGAAAAAGAACCAUGUUGAGCAGGAUGACUCGGAGAGUGAUAGAAAGGAAAGCAAGAAAAAGAAGAAGAUUGAAGCUGAUGCCGAUGCCGGUUUUGGUGCAGCCUUGAUGGGUCUUGAUUCGCCAGUAAAGAGAAAAAAAAAGAAAAAGAAAAAGGAUGCAGAGAAAGAAAAAGAUAUUGAGAAGGAUAGAGAAAGUUCAGAUGAUGAACAACCAUCAACAAGUAAAUCAUCAAGCAAAAGGUUACAUUCAGAUGGAGGUGGUCUGCCAGACACCAAAAAGCCAAAGCUAUUAUUAGAGACACCAAGCAAGCUGCCAAGCCUACCUGCCUUAGGAGCUUCUUUUAUGGCAGAUGAUUCUCCACUUCUACCUGAAAUAAACCCCAACUACAAGCCAUUACCUCGAGUCCCAAUUCGGGAUGAUCCUGCAGAUUAUAUUACAUCCAAGAUGUCGGAAGAAGAAGCGUUAAAUAUUAUGCUUCAGUCCAAAAGCAACAGGCGUAGUAAAGUGUACUCGGGUAAGGUCUCUGGGUUAUCGUUCGUGCCAACGCUGUAUGAGGCAUGCAUCAGAGUUUUACAAGAAAACAUUGAUGCACUGGAGUUUACUGGAGGAAUUCCUUUUGAAAUCCUUCGACCUGUGCUGGAACGAGCGUCCCCGCAACAACUGCUGAACUUGGAAGAUUUUAAUUCGUAUCUUCUAGAAGAUACUAAUGUGUUAUGGGAAGUACACUGCAAGAGGGACUUUAGGAAAAUGAAAUUAGAGGAGAUGGAAACUUGGCGAGAGAUGUGGAUUCGCUGCUUUGAAGAACGGGAACGCAAGCUAAGGAGUUUAACACAAAACCUUCAGCAGAAGUUUGUUUCCAAGGCUGAACCAAAGCGAACCACUAAACUUGCCUUUGUUGACUCGGCUGUUAAAGUACCAAAAAGUGUUGCUCGAGCGCAGGCAAAAUUUGGAACUGCGGCUCCUUCAGCUACUGCGGCAAAGCCUGGGAAAGCUAAUGAAGUGGCAGCACGAAAGACAGCAAUGCAAAAUGUACAGCGUGCAGAGAGAGCAGCUAAUACUCCCCGACCAGUCUCUGCCAAGAACAAAAAAGUGGCUCCACUGAUGGCCAAAACCCGACAGUUCUUCAAGAAAGCCUUUCGCCGCUGAGACUCUGUGUCUGUCUGUCUCACUAAUGGGCACUCUUCAACUUUCCUGAUUUAAGCUCAUCAGGUAGAAUUUGUACCAUUAGUUGUAGAAAGGCAGAUUUCCCUCAUUCAUAGCUGGUUACCUCCAGUAUUAUUUGUGAAGAAAUAACCCCCCCAAAAGGAAACUGGUUAGAUAUAAAUCUUCUUGCAUUACGCGUAAAUCUUACGAAUCCUCACGACAUAUUUGAAUAGUUGACAGAUAAGUGAGACCGUUUUAAUAAUUAUGGGGUAUAAUGUUUUAAAUUUAUUACCUUUAAAGCAGUGUUUAUGAUCAUUAUAUAUUAUUUUUUUGUAAUUGGUGCCUGUCCCUUGAAAUUAAAUUUGGACAAUGAUAUACAGACUAGAAAAUAUGGCACUCAUACAUAUAUGAGUCUCAUGUAUGAAUGACAAGUGCAUACUCAUACAGUAUAUACAUUCAUGUAAAAAUUUUAUACAGAGACAAUACCAUAUUUAAUUGUAUAUAUUAAUACAGAUAUAUAAAGAAAUGCAUGCAUAUUUUUUUUAUACACAUACAGUUGGCAUUGUUUUAUGUAUAAAUAAAACAAAUACAUGGAUAUAUAAUAUGUACUUCCGUAGAUUUGUCCGUUCAUUCAAUUUGCUGCACUUCUACAUUUUCUUUUUCCUUCUGCUGCUGCUGCUGCUCCCCUUCCACAUCUUCCCUAAUCUUCACCCAUUCCUUGCAAUAUUCUUGAUUGGUCCGUGAGGUUCUUGGUAUUUGUACCCACAUGGCCAUCACGGCCAGGUUGUCCCGGUAACUAGCAGCAGAAAUUUGUUUGGCUCAGUCCUACAACCCUUGAUUUAAACCAGGCUUGCCCUGCUUUUUUUUUUUCACGUCUCUUCUGCCUUUGCCUCCACUUUCCUUGUUCAACCUUCCCCUUUCUUCUCCCUCCUUUUCCUCCUAUCUUCUUUUCUCCUCUUUACUACAGUACUUCUCCUUCCUCACCACCACCAGCCACCUGUUAUGUAUGGAACACAAAUACAUAAAAUGAAGUAUUUUUGUUAUGCAUGUUCAACUUUGUAUAUUUUCUCAAAUUCCUGUAGCUGAACAUAUUUCUAUGAAUGAUGUUUACCGUACUAUUUAUUUCAUAUAACUUACCUACUUGUAUGCAGGAAUACACACACACACACAUAAAUGAACAUGUAUGCACAAAUUUACUAGGUAUGUAUUUAUACAUGCCAAAAUUCUAUUGUUUUAAUAUAUAUUAAUAUAUACAGUACACGAGUGUUGAAUUAAAAAAUGUUGAGAGAUAACUUUUCUUCAGAUUAGUUACUGCAGAUGUAUGUCUUGACAGGUAUUUAAUUCACUAUGUUACAAUUGUCUUAUUAAAUACUGUAAAAAGAAAAUUAGGUUUACAUUUAGUCAGUGUGUUGCUGUUCCAUUCCGCCACUGAAGUAGGUGUUUGUCUUGGAGGAACUGUUUAUGUGGAUGCUGCUGGUGAGAUCUCAUCUGUCUUGUCUUAGUACGUAGGAUGUCUUACGAAGCCUUUACAGAACCCUGUGAGUGUCUGCGUUGUGUGUAUUUGGGGCGGGAGGGAGAGGGAGAAGUUUUGUAUGUUAUACAUUUUUAAUUUUUAAAUGCCAAGAUUUCUUUUCCACAAAAUAUUACCACCAUGUGACAUGUCUUUGCAUAAUAAAGUAUUGCUUCAGGUGAUAUUUU